GCAAUACAUUUGGCGAGAGUCAGACAAAACUCAAUCAAAGCCGAUGGUAUUUAGUUAUUCUCCUUCGUAUGGUUUUCCCCAAAAUGCUGUGGUCUGGCGUACCCUCCUCGGGUUACUUUGUAUAUUUACACUUGUGCUUACGGCAGUCUCAACACCACCUGAAGAUCCUGUCAAGUGUGUGUCUGGGAAUGCAAAUUGCACAGUCACAAACUCGUAUGGAGCCUUCCCUGACCGUUCCACAUGUCGAGCUGCCAGCGUGGCGUACCCAACAACCGAAGAUGAACUCGUCGCUAUCGUGGCUGCAGCCACUAAAACCGGACAGAAAAUGCGUGUAACAACUCGUUAUUCGCAUAGCAUAACUAAGCUCGUUUGUACCGACGGGACCAAGGGUUUGUUCAUAAGCACGAAGUUUCUAAACCACACGGUGCAGUCAGAUGCAAAGGCCAUGACCUUGACUGUUGAGAGCGGCGUGACACUUAGGCAGCUAAUCUCUGAAGCCGCUAAGGUUGGAUUGGCGUUGCCUUAUGCACCAUAUUGGUGGGGACUGACCGUGGGUGGUAUGAUGGGAACCGGUGCUCACGGGAGCUCAUUGUGGGGUAAAGGAAGUGCGGUCCAUGAUUAUGUGACAGAGAUCAGGAUGGUUAGUCCUGGCUCGGUCAGUGAUGGGUUUGCAAAGGUUAGAGUUUUAAGCGAGACUACGACUCCUAACGAGUUUAACGCGGCCAAGGUUUCUCUCGGUGUUCUUGGGGUUGUCUCUCAGGUGACUUUUAAAUUGCAACCAAUGUUUAAGAGAUCUUUAACAUAUACAAUGAGAAAUGAUUCGGAUUUCGGGGAACAAGCGGUGACUUUUGGAAAGAAACACGAGUUUGCCGAUUUCUUGUGGUUACCAAGCCAAGGCAAAGUCGUGUAUCGGAGGGAUGACCGAGUUGCUGUCAACACGUCAGGCAAUGGUUUGUAUGAUUUCUUGCCAUUCCGUUCGCAACUCUCUGUGGCUAUAGCCAUCAUAAGAUCAUCAGAGGAGACGCAAGAGAGGUUCAGAGAUGCGAAUGGGAAGUGUGUAGGAGCCACAUUAAUUUCAUCUACACUGUUUGGUACCUCGUACGGUUUGACCAACAAUGGUGUUAUAUUCACUGGUUAUCCGGUCAUUGGAAGCCAAAACCGCAUGAUGUCGUCAGGAUCAUGUCUAGAUAGCCUUCAAGAUGGAUUAAUCACGGCGUGUGCGUGGGAUUCCCGUAUAAAUGGCGAAUUUUUCCAUCAAACAACUUUUAGUGUUUCUCUCACUCAAGUCAAAAGUUUUAUUAACGACAUCAAAUCACUUAUCAAAAUUGAACCGAAGUCUCUAUGCGGCCUGGAGCUCCACUAUGGUAUUUUGAUGCGUUAUGUCACAUCUUCUCCAGCUUAUCUCGGGAAAGAGACGGAAGCCCUAGAUUUUGACAUAACAUAUUACCGAGCCAAGGACCCACUAGCACCGCGACUCUACGAGGAUUUCAUCGAGGAAAUCGAGCAAAUAGCAUUGUUCAAGUAUAACGCAUUGCCACACUGGGGUAAAAACAGAAACUUGGCGUUUGAUGGCGUGAUUAAAAAGUAUAAGAAUGUGCCCGCAUUCUUGAAAGUAAAAGAGAGCUAUGAUCCAACCGGUCUAUUCUCGACCGAAUGGACGGAUCAGAUCUUAGGUAUCAAAGGAAACGCGACGAUUGUAAAAAAUGGAUGUGCAUUGGAGGGUUUGUGUAUAUGUUCGGAGGAUGCUCAUUGUGCUCCGACGAAAGGAUAUUUGUGUCGACCGGGAAAAGUUUACAAAGAGGCUAGGGUCUGUACACGUGUCAGUGGCAUAAAUGAGGCACUGUCAGUAAGUUAAUUAUCUACAUCGCCUCUUAUAUCAGGAGCCGUUGUUGUUAUACAUUGUUUAUGUUGUAAUAAUAUUAUAAAUAAUAAAUGGCCUACUGUAAUAAAUGGCCUACUGUAAUAAAUGGCCAAAACUUUUUACUCAUAAAUAUUAAUAUUUUCA